AAUCGAUAACAGACUCCAAUGCUCAAAUUUAUACGGCAAAUUCCACUCCUCGAAGUUAACCGCAACUUCCAAUUCAUAAACGUGAAAACAAAUAUAUUCAAGAUGAAGCCGCCUACCCGAAUAGCGCUGCAAUCGGCGAUACGCCAACACUUACAAUCUACACACCCCACUCCAACAACCCUUCCCUUAAUAAUAAUAACACACCAACGUCAUAUCCACAUCACUCCCAACGCACCCGCCACAGUCUCGCCAAUCCACGGCACCGGACCACCGCCCGAACCCCCCGUCCCCGCCGCCGACAGCGCCAGUUCCCGGCUCGAGCGCCGCCGGAAACAUGCCGAGCUCCUCGAGAAAGCUCGAGAGAUCCGGCAAUCCGAAUCCGCGCCGAGAGCAUCCGCGAAGAAGACUAAGGAAACUGCGCGGCGCAAGAGGUUCUGGAAAGAUGUACAUGUGCACGAAGUCGACGGGGCCUGGGAGGUCCAUCUAGAUAAACGACCGCUGCGCAGACCAAAUACCAAGGACAUCGUUAGACUGCCCCUGAGCAAACCCUUGCUCGCGAACGCCCUGGCUAUAGAGUGGGACAUGCUAGUUUCCGUGCAGCAGACGACGCGGCAACACCUUAUCCCGCUGACGAGCCUCGUGUGUCGCGCGCUGGAUAUCGCGGACGACGAUGCGGCGCAGUCGGGGCGCGAGAGUCUUCGCGAGGGGAUUGCGAAAAUGCUGUUAAGGUACCUCGAUACGGACUCCUUGCUGUGCUGGGCGCCGCCGCCGAGACCUCAUGAUUCGCUGGCUGAGGGCGCGGAUACCCUGCGCGACGUACAGAAGCGCGCGGCGGAGGAGGUCGUCGGAUACUUGACCAGCCGCGUGUGGCCGGGCAUCACGAUCGAGCCGGUGCUCGACGGCGAGAGCAUCAUGCCGCGCAGCCACCCGGAGAUCACGCGGCAGGUCGUGCAGGGGUGGAUGGCGGGGCUCAGCGCGUGGGAGCUCGCGGGGCUGGAGCGCGCUGCGUUGGCCGGAAAGGGGUUGCUAGGUGCGGUGAGAUUACUAGUCGAGUGGAGCGAGGGGCCGGUCGGUGGUGCGAGCUCCGGGGAGAAGAAAUUCGGUGUUGAGGAAGCGGCUAGGCUGGCGAGUAUAGAGGUUGAUUGGCAGACGGGGCGUUGGGGCGAGGUGGAGGAUACGCAUGAUGUGGAGAAGGAGGAUCUUAGGCGGCAGUUGGGGAGUACGGUGUUGCUUGUGACGGGGACGGGGAGGAAGUAGGUAGGUACCUAGUCUGGUUGGAGGUGAAGAGAGGAUUAGAUAUAUAUUAUUAUAAAUGUAUAUUACCGCCCAAUGAUGCUCUUCGUCUUACACCUCGUGAGGGCAUCCGGCAGUUUGUUUAAUUCAAAUCUACCUAGGUUAGGUAGAGAGAGACCUUGAGGUUUUAUGAAAUAUCAGGCUGGUAGUUCAUCUCCUGGAGUCGAAUCACCAAAUAGCUAACCAUUGAUAGGGCAGAUAGAGAGAAUCUCUUGUAUAAG